AUGUGCUUUCUAAGACGGCCAGGAGCAUCUGCAGGCUGGAUCUGGUGGAGGAUGCUGCGGCAGGUGAUACACAGAGGGCUCCAGUCGUUUUUCUACAAGCUGGGCUUAUUCGUGAGCAGGCAUCCGGUGUUUUUCCUCACUGUGCCCGCAGUCCUGACCAUCAUCUUCGGCUUCAGCCUGCUCAACCGCUUCCAGCCUGACACUGACCUGGAGAGCCUGGUAGCCCCCAGCCACAGCCUGGCCAAGAUCGAGAGGAGCUUAGCCAGCAGCCUUUUCUCCCUCGAUCAAUCCAAAAGCCAGCUGUAUUCGGACUUGCACACCCCGGGGAGGUAUGGCAGGGUGAUUCUCCUCUCCAAACCCGGAGGCAAUAUUUUGCAUCAGGCUGAUGUGAUCCUGCAGAUCCACCGAGCCGUGCUGGAAAUGAAGGUGAACUACAAAGGCUAUAAUUAUACUUUUUCCCAUCUGUGUGUGUUGAGAAAUCAGGAUAAGAAAUGCGUGCUGGAUGAUAUUAUUUCAGUGCUAGAGGAUCUGAGGCAGGCUGCCCUCUCCAAUAAGACAACAGCCAGGGUGCAAGUGAGCUAUCCCAACACUAAAUUAAAGGAUGGAAGGAGCAGUUUCAUUGGCCACCAGCUCGGAGGGGUCAUGGAAGUGCCAAACAGCAAGGACCAGAGAGUCAAAUCAGCCAGAGCCAUCCAAAUCACUUACUACCUCCAAACGUAUGGCUCUGUCACCCAGGACCUCAUUGGGGAGAAGUGGGAGAGCGAAUUCUGUAAACUGAUGCACAAGAUGCAGCUGGAUCACCAGGAUCUGCAGCUCUACUCACUAGCGUCCUUUAGCCUAUGGAAGGACUUCCACCAGACCAGUCUUUUGGCCAGGGGCAAGAUUUUGGUGAGCCUGAUGCUGAUUCUCCUGACUGCUACCCUCUCGAGCUCCAUGAAGGACUGCCUGCGUAGCAAACCUUUCCUGGGACUCCUGGGAGUACUCACUAUCUGUAUUUCCAGUGUCACUGCGGCAGGGAUAUUUUUCAUUACUGAUGGAAAAUAUAAUUCUACUCUGUUGGGAAUCCCUUUCUUCGCUAUGGGUCACGGAACCAAAGGAGUGUUUGAACUUCUUUCAGGAUGGCGGCGGACCAGAGAGAAUCUGCCAUUCAAGGACCGAGUAGCAGAUGCCUACUCAGAUGUCAUGGUCUCCUAUACGAUGACAAGCUCCUUGUAUUUCAUAGCCUUCGGCAUGGGGGCAAGCCCUUUCACCAACAUCGAAGCUGUAAAAGUCUUCUGCCAGAACAUGUGUGUCUCCAUCCUGUUGAACUACUUCUACAUCUUCUCUUUCUUUGGCUCCUGCCUGGUCUUUGCUGGCCAGCUGGAGCAGAACCGGUACCACAGCAUCUUCUGCUGUAAAAUCCCCUCGGCAGAAUACCUGGACCGGAAACCUGUGUGGUUCCAGACCAUGAUGAAUGAUGGCCAUCAGCACACUUCACACCACGAGACCAACCCUUACCAGCACCACUUUAUCCAGCAUUUCCUCCGAGAGCACUAUAAUGAGUGGAUUACCAACAUCUACGUUAAGCCAUUUGUGGUGAUACUGUAUCUCAUCUAUGCCUCUUUCUCCUUUAUGGGGUGCUUACAGAUUAAUGACGGAGCCAACAUCAUCAACCUUCUUGCCAGUGAGUCCCCAAGCGUCUCCUAUGCCCUCAUACAGCAAAAGUAUUUCAGCAACUACAGCCCUGUGAUAGGCUUCUACAUCUACGAACCUCUGGAGUACUGGAAUGGUACUGUACAAGAAGACCUAAAAACACUCAGCCAGGGGUUCAACACUGUGUCCUGGAUUGAACAGUAUUACCAAUACCUUCGAGUGGGUAACAUCAGUGCAACCAACAAAAGUGACUUUAUCAGCAUCCUCCAGAGCUCCUUUUUAAAAAAGCCAGAAUUCCAGCACUUCAAAAAUGACAUUAUUUUCUCCAAAGCUGGAGAUGAGAACAACAUAAUUGCUUCUCGUUUGUACCUUGUGGCCAGGACUAGUGAAAACACACAGAGGGAAGCAGUGGAAUUGCUGGAGAAGCUGAGGCCACUUUCUCUUAUACAGAGCAUCAAGUUCAUUGUGUUCAACCCUACUUUUGUUUUCAUGGACCACUAUGGUUUAUCAGUAACUAUGCCUGUCCUGAUUUCUGGUUUUGGCAUCCUGCUGGUGUUAAUACUGACCUUUUUCCUGGUUAUCCACCCUCUGGGAAAUUUCUGGUUAAUUCUCAGUGUCACCUCAAUAGAGCUGGGUGUCCUUGGCUUGAUGACCUUAUGGAAUGUAGACAUGGACUGCAUUUCUAUUCUGUGCCUUAUCUACACUUUGAAUUUUGCCAUAGAUCACUGUGCACCCCUGCUUUAUACAUUUGUAUUAGCUACUGAGCACACCCGAACUCAGUGUAUAAAGAACUCCCUCCAAGAGCAUGGGACAGCCAUUUUGCAGAACGUUUCUUCCUUUCUUAUCGGGUUGGUCCCCCUUCUCUUUGUGCCUUCAAACUUGACCUUCACACUGUUCAAAUGCUUGCUGCUUGCUGGCAGUUGCACACUUCUGCACUGUUUUGUUAUUUUGCCAGUCUUUCUAACCUUUUUCCCACCUUCCAAAAAGCACCACAAGAAAAAGAAACGGGCCAAAAGGAAGGAACGAGAAGAGAUCGAAUGCAUAGAGAUUCAGGAGAAUCCUGAUCAUGUUACAGCAGUCUGA